GAUUAUUAUAUGAAUAGUACACUCGAAAUGCAUCACCCCAAAGAAACAAAGCAAUGAAAAUCCAACUAGUUUGAAUAUAGUUAUACAAGAUCAUAACAUGAUUAGAAUAUUUUUCAAUGUUUUAGAUCAAUAAGACAUGUUGUUUAAUACUUAAUGAUGAUUAUUAUCAACAUUUGCAUUAGCCGUAAUUUUUAUCGAGCUUUGCACUCUACAAACCUUAUAAAUAUAUAGAUAGGUUAGUAUUUAGGAUACAAACUUACAAAGAUAGAUAAAGGUCACACUAUUUCCAGGUUUUAGGGAAAGCUCAUCAAGCAAAUUAUAGGGUACUCAACACUUAUUCAUUACCAAUGAUGAAGCAAAGGUUGGAGGGUAAGGUGGCAAUAAUAACAGGUGCAGCCAGUGGAAUUGGUGAAGAAACAGUGAAAUUGUUCGCCGAAAAUGGAGCAUUUGUUAUUGCAGUAGACAUUCAAGAUGAAUUGGGUCAUAAAGUUGCAGAUUCAAUAGGCUCAGACAAAGUAACAUACCAUCAUUGUGAUGUCAGGGACGAAAAACAAGUCGAAGAAACAAUUCAUUUCACUUUGGAAAAACACGGUUGCAUCGAUAUUUUGUUUAGUAAUGCAGGAAUAAUAGGCUCUUUAUCUGGAAUACUUGAUCUUGAUCUGAAUGAAUUUGAGAAAACUAUGGCUACAAAUGUUGUUGGUGCAGCUGCUACAAUUAAGCAUGCUGCACGCGCCAUGAUUGCAAAAAAAAUCCGUGGAUCGAUUAUAUGCACUACUAGUGUUGCAGCUUCUAUUGGUGGAACAGGUCCUAAUGGUUACACUACAUCAAAACAUGCUCUUUUAGGACUUGUGAAAUCAGCUUGUGGAGAACUUGGUGGUUAUGGAAUUAGAGUUAAUAGUAUAUCACCUUUUGGAGUUGCAACACCUCUUUCGUGUAUAGCUUACAAUCUUGAACCUCAUGAAGUUGAAUCUAGUAGUAGUUCUCAUGCUAAUUUGAAGGGUAUUGUGUUGAAGGCAAAGCAUGUUGCAGAAGCAGCUUUGUUUCUUGCUUCUGAUGAAGCUGUUUAUAUCAGUGGUCAUAACUUGGUUGUUGAUGGUGGUUUCUCGGUGGUCCGUAAUACUCCAUCUGCAAUGCCUGAUGUGUAGACCAAUUGCAUGUUUGAAUUAUCGGUGAGUUUGACAGAAUAACUCAUUUUGAUAACACUUUGAAAUUUCAACAAAAUCACGAUGCUACCAUGAUUUUGUCAA